AUGGAAAAUGAUGGGGAAAAAUGUAACAGCGUCCAUCCUCAGCGCAGCUGUUCCUCGUGCGACAGCGUCCAUCCUCAGCGCAGCUGUUCCUCGUGCGAGCUCUGCAACGAAGCAGAUCCUGAAAUUAUUCGGGGUGUCGCCUUGCAUGAGGCACUAUGUAGCUGGGGAAAACAUUGGAAGGCAGAGAAUGGAGGCAUGCCUGCAGCAGAUGCAGCAACCUACGAACUCAGCCGACAGGUGAAAGCUUAUGAUGCUUUUCUGAGUCACGACUGGGGCUCGGGCCGGUGGCUAAAACUGCUUUCGCUUCUGCUGGUCUUUAAUUCACGCGCAGCUUUUUAUGCCUGCUUAUUUGUCAGCAUUGCAAUUGGCUUUCUGCGUGGAUUUGGUGUCCUGCCGGAUGCAUUAUGGACUGUCGUCUUCAGCCAUGCUACCUUCUUCUUCGUUUUCGCUUUUUGGCAACGCAUCAGACUGCUUGUCUGCCGACCUCGGAUGGUAUUCUUCGACAAGCUGUGUGUGGCACAGCACGAUGAUGCGCUGAAGCAGAGAGGCAUCUUGUCAAUCGCGGCCUUCUUGCUGAGCUCACGAAGCCUGGUGGUGUUGCUGACACCUCAGUACUUUUCUCGUCUUUGGUGUACAUUCGAGAUUGCCACCUUCAUGAAAGAUCCAGAACGGCGGAAGCAGAUCCGCUUCAUGCCGUUGAAAACAGCGCUGAUUUUUCUGAUCUACUCGGCUUCCUGGCAUGUGCUCGUAUGCUGCUAUGCCAUCUUUCGGCAGAUCAGGCCAGAGGUGUAUGGCGCCGGCGCCAUAGUGGCUGCGAUGAUGUUCGGGCUUUGGGUUGUCAUGGGCCCUGUGGUCCUGUACCUUGAAAUGGGGAUGAUCGGUGACAUUGAGAAGCUCCCCGUGCAGCUUCGGAAUUUUCGUGUGCAAGAAGCGGACUGCUUCUGCUGCACACACGGGCAUCGGCAUCCCCAAACAGGGGAGAAGAUUCCAUGUGACCGCGAGCUUGUCUACAAGUCUCUGCAGAAGUGGUACGGCGAGGACUACCUGGAAACUUUCAACGGUCGAGUACGGACAUACCUGCCGAGGAGCCUCGUAUAUGGCACAGGUGGGUUUCUGCUCCCGAUCCGGUACGCUGUGUACACUGUGCUUGCUAGCAGCCUGCCGUACCUCGCAGAUCCUAUCUCAUCGUCAUUCACAGCGGCAUCGGAGCUGUCUGGGAUGGCACUUCUUGCCUGGGUGUUACGUGAAUUGGUCGAGUGGGGACUCGUUGGCCUGUGCAGCCUCUUGUCGGUGCGGCUCUCCUUGCCGCUAUGUCGAAUGGGUUUGCGACUCCAGAUGAGGAGGUGCACCACGGCCAUGAUCCUGGUCCCUGCAAUUUUCUUCAUCAUUCUGUUGGUAUGGGCUCCGGUCCGGAUCGUUUUGAGAUGGACGCCGCAGGAUACUAUUUGGCCCACGGCGGUUUGCGUAGUCUGGCUUGCUGCGGCCAUCUGUCUUUUCUUCCCACUCAGGAAGAAACCGAAGCCUGCGCUCGAAACCAAAGCUGUGCCCGCUCCGAAGGAAGCAGACCCAAAAGGGCCAACAUUCGACGAUCAAGAAUUCUUUGCGGUUUAA